CGAUGGCUGCCGGGCGAGGGGGCCGCCGGCGGCAGCAGCAGCAGCAGCAGCAGGCUCGGCGGCAGCGGGGGAGUCUCGAGAGGCAGGCGGCGGAGGAGGAGCAGCAGCGGCGGCGGCCCCUGAGGCAGGGGCGGCGGGACGAGCAGCAGCUGGAGCGGCGCCGCGGGGAAGGCUGGGCCUGGAGCAGCGGCGGCAGGUGGAGCUGCUGAGGGAGCCCUUCGGAAGCCGCCGGCCACACGCGGGGCAGGCCCGGCUGGGCGCCAUGAGCCAAGGCAGCGGAAGCGGAGGAGGAGGCGGCGGCGGCGGCGGGGAACCCGAGGCCAAAGCUCUCCACACCAAGAGGCUCUACCGAGCUGUGGUAGAAGCCGUGCAUAGACUGGAUCUCAUUCUUGGAAACAAGGCAGCUUAUCAAGAAGUUUUUAAACCAGAGAACAUCAGCCUGAGAAACAAGUUACGUGAACUAUGUGUGAAGCUGAUGUUCUUGCACCCAGUGGAUUAUGGGAGGAAAGCAGAAGAGCUGCUGUGGAGGAAAGUUUACUAUGAAGUCAUUCAGCUCAUUAAAACAAACAAAAAGCACAUUCACAGUCGCAGCACCCUAGAGUGUGCCUACCGGACUCACCUUAUUGCUGGCAUCGGCUUUUACCAACACCUUCUUCUCUAUAUCCAGUCUCAUUAUCAGUUAGAGCUGCAGGGCUGUAUUGACUGGACACAUGUUACGGAUCCUCUGAUAGGCUGCAAGAAGCCUGUAUCUGCAUCGGAGAAGGAGAUGGAAUGGGCGCAGAUGGCCUGCCACCGGUGUCUGGUUUACCUGGGGGAUUUAGCUCGGUAUCAGAACGAAUUAGCAGGUGUGGACACAGAAUUGCUGGCCGAGAGAUUUUACUAUCAAGCCCUUUCUGUUGCACCACAAAUUGGUAUGCCUUUUAACCAGCUGGGGACACUGGCGGGGAGCAACUACUACAACGUGGAAGCCACCUACUGCUACCUGCGCUGUAUCCAGUCUGAAGUGUCCUUUGAAGGUGCUUAUGGGAAUCUCAAACGCCUGUAUGAUAAGGCGGCCAAAAUGUAUCACCAGCUGAAGAAAUGUGAAACCAGGAAACUGUCACCCAGCAAAAAGAGGUGCAAAGACAUUAAGAGGUUACUGGUGAGUUUCAUGUACUUGCAGAGCCUCCUUCAGCCAAAGAGCAGUUCUGCAGACUCUGAGCUGACGUCUCUCUGCCAGUCAGUACUGGAGGAUUUCAACCUCUGCCUCUUCUACUUGCCCUCUUCGCCCAACACGAGCUCUGCCAAUGACGACGAAGAGGAGUGCGAGAAUGGCUACUCCUUCCUGCCAGACCUCCUCAUCUUCCGGAUGGUCAUUGUCUGUCUGAUGAGCGUCCACAGCCUCAAGAGGGCAGGCUCCAAGCAGUAUAGUGCAGCCAUUGCAUUCACACUGGCCCUCUUUUCGCACCUCAUCAACCACGUCAAUAUUCGCCUGCAAGCAGAGCUGGAAGAAGGCGAGAAUCCAGUUCCAGCCUUUCGGAAUGAUGGCACAGAGGAUCUGGAGGCCCGGGAAUCCUUGAACUCCAUUGAGAGAGAAGCCGAAGGGGACCUGGCCAACCACCGACCCAGCGAGGAGCAGCGGAAGAGCGAGAGCAAGAAGGGCAAGAAAUACUCGCGCCUCUCCUGCCUGCGCCGUCGCCGCCAUGUCCAGAAGGUGGACGAGAGCGACCUGAGCGAGGGCUUCGACUCCGACUCCAGCCCGGAUUCCACCAAAGGGAGUGACGGCUCAGAGAGCGGCUCAGAGAAGAGCGACGAGGAGGCCGAGGCGGCUUUUGACGUGGAGACCGACUCGGACAUGAACAGCCAGGAGUCACGCUCAGACCUGGAAGACAUGGAGGACGAGCCAGACGCCGAGGGGGGCAGCCAAGCCAAGGGCAUGAAGAACGGCGCCCCGGAGGCUUUGGAUUCUGCGGAAGGGGAUGUUGGCAGGCUGGUGGACUUGAAAAGCCCUGGCGUUGCCAAGACUGAGCCCCUGCUGGAGCCUCCUGUGGCCAACGGGCCAGGCUUGCUGGGCGCCAGUGAUGCCAGUAUAGCCAGCAACCUCCAGGCCAUGUCCACGCAGCUCUUCCAGACCAAGCGCUGCUUCCGACUGGCCCCCACUUUCAGCAACGUCCUCCUCAAACCAAACUGUGAGCUGCCUGCCCCGAAAGAGGUGGCGGACAGCAAGCCAUGUGUCAAUGGGGACGUGGAGAAGUCCAAAAUGACUGAGCAAGAUGAUGUUUCUGAGUCGGAAGAGAGCGUCUCUAGCAGUAAAUCCUGCAGGAACGAGCGUUCUCUCCAGGAGAAGCUGGAGAUCAUCACCAACGAGGGGUUGCUGCCGACUGUCAAAGUAUUUCUGGACUGGCUGAGAACCAACACUGAUCUCAUCAUCAUGUGUGCACAGAGUUCUCAGAGUUUAUGGAACAGACUUUCUGUCCUUCUGAACCUGCUUCCUUCAGCUGGAGACCUUCAGGACUCAGGGCUGUUCCUCUGCAACGAGGUGAAGAGCAUGCUGCCUGGGUGUGAGCUGCCAGACUUGCCUGCUUGCCUGCUGCUCCCAGAGGACAUGGCCCUCCGCAACCUUCCCCCGCUGAAGAACGCGCACAAGAGGUUCAACUUCGAGCAGGACAGGCCUCUCCUCGCAGAAGUGGAGGAGUCCGUGGUUCGCAUCUGUUGCAUCCGGAGUUUCGGACACUUCAUCACCCACCUGCAAGGCAGCAUCCUGCAGUUCAACCCGGAGGUUGGGAUCUUCAUCAGCAUCGCUCAGUCGGAGCAGGACGGCUUGCUCCAGCAGGCCCAGGCCCAGUUCCGCAUGGCCGCUGAGGAAGCUCGCCGGAACAGGCUCAUGAGAGACAUGGCUCAGCUUCGGCUGCAGCUGGAGGUGUCGCAGCUGGAAGGGAGCCUCCAGCAGCCCAAAGCACAGUGUGUGAUGUCCCCCUACCUGGUCCCCGACACCCAGGCUCUCUGCCAGCACCUCUGCACCAUCAGGCAGCUGGCUGCCAGUGGAAGGUUUAUUGUGAUCAUCCCACGGACAGUAAUUGAUGGCUUAGACUUCCUGAAGAAAGAGAAUGCGGGAGCUCGUGACAGCAUCCGAUAUCUAGAGGCAGAAUUUAAAAAGGGAAACAGGUACAUCCGCUGCCAGAAAGAAGUUGGGAAAAGCUUUGAGAGGCAUAAACUGAAGAGGCAAGAUCUAGAUGCUUGGAACCUCUAUAAGAUACUGGAUAGCUGCAAACAGCUGACAACCUCUCAAGGGGGCAGCGAAGAUGACUCCAGUGGGAUGGUGACCAUCCUCACAGGCUUCCAGCUGGAUGACCCAAGCAAGCUUUCUGCACCCAUGAAGUCUGCGAUCCAGGCGGCAGCCAACGCCAGCGUCGAGAUAAAGAACGUUCUGGAAUUCUACAAGCAGUGGAAGGAAAUGGGUUGAGGGGAGAGAAGCCGCUGGGUUGGUUGAAGCUCUGUCUCCCCGUCUUUGGACGCGCAGCGUUGGAACGAAAGAAGUCAAAACCACAGGCGAUAUUUGGACACGAAGCAGCUGCCGCCGCCGCGGCAAUCCAUGAAAAACAAGCAGCUGGGCGUGUGCACGAAACACCACCCCACAUCCACACCCCCGCCAUCCCCUCCCCAUUUCACCAAACGGGCGGCGUCUGUGGCAGACCACGCAGCCGCUUGGGGAAGAGAGAUGGAUCUUGGCCGGACAGAGGAGAGGUGGUCUCCUUUUCUCCCAGCUGAUGGGGACGGGUGUGAGCGGUGGGAGGGAGGGCCUCCAUUCAUCUCCAAAAAGCUUGCUUGGUUUCUCGUCUCCAGGAUCCUGCAGGCAGCUUGUCGCCUACGCUUGAAACAAAAACACGACAUUUGUGACUUUUUGCCACCGGAUCCACGCUGUGAAAGAGCCGGUGAUCCUGAGAGAGGGGAUCAGGAUUUGCAGGAGGCUCUUUCAGAAUCUGGUGAUGGGGAGGAGGACGUUUUCUCUCCCAUUUUUAUUUCAUUUCCGCCCCUUCCCCUUAUUGUGUUUUUCUUUUUUUUAUGCUUAGUGACCACGCCUCUUGUGUGUUUUUCCCUUUCCCCCUCCCUUGUCUGCCCCUUCCCCCCAAAACCGGGGAGGGUUCUUCACCUUUGAGUGUUUGAAAGAUGUCAAGGUGGCAGGGGAACAGUGAUCCUGUCUCAGCAAAGCAAAACAGCUCUCUAUAAGAAGCUUCCGAAUGAAAACAUUAUUUAUUUCCUUGGGGGUGGGGGGUGGGCAGAGUUAGCUGUGAAAAGGAAACAGUGGGCCUCAUUCCCCUCCCUUUCUGCACCCUCCACUCUGCCUGUCCAAAAACCGCACCAUCUUCCCACGCUUUGCUUUUCUCAUAAAGUGUUGCAUUUUGUGAGUGGUGUCAUAGACCAUCUUGGGCUGCUUGAGCCAGGGAGGAAACAAACCCCACAUUACAGCUCUCCUUUCAUUCCCUGGGGUUAAGCGACCAUCUGCAUGGUGCUGUUCCGCCUGCCUCCCCUUUCUAUUCCCCUGUUCACCAGACAACAGGUAACUAGAAAAUGGCGGCCCUUCUAUGGGGCUUGCUUUGGGUUUCUUGGUUUGCCCUGAAAAACAAACAAACCCUAUUUUCUCUGGCUCCUUGUGGCUGUUGUAGGAGGGAUGAAGGCCUAGCCUCUUGUGCAGAGCUAUUGGAGAGGAGUGAAGGGGGCCUUUGCAGGCUAAGCAGGAGAAGGAGGAAACCUGACGGUAUCCCUUUGCCACAGAGAAAGCCAUGGGGCCUCCCUUCCCCUAGUAUUCUCUGCCUCCUCUGAAAUACCAUAAACCAGGAAGGGUUAACUAAGGUCUGAGUGUUGAGGUUCCUGAAUGGGUUCUCUACGCCUGACUCCCUUCCGCAUUGGCCAGUGUUUUAUGUUGAGCCUGCCAAAGGGUCACUGUUGGAAAGAUGCAGGUAGUGGCAAACCAUUUCUUCUUGAAGCUAGCUUUUUCUUCUGGGGGCCGGGCCACCUCAGGGCCUAAUAAGCUUUUGCCCUAUACACCUCCCAAGUCUUCCUUCCCCACCCCCAGGCCUGGUUUUGACACCCUCUGGGAAGGGAAGAGACUGGAAGGGCUUGGAAGCAGUUUCCUGCGAGGACUUCCUUCUGCAUUCCACUUCCCUUCCGCCAGGCAAAUAGGAAAUGGGUGAGUUGCCAGCCAGGCCUCCCCCUUUCCCCACUCUUGUUUUCUUGGAGAGCCAGGUGUGGUUUCCUCCAAGGCAGCGAUGCCUCUGGUGGCUUUGUGGGCCAUCCAGUGCCCGCCAUCUUGGAUGGUUUUCUGCAGGUUCUGUAUUUGGCCCUCGCCGCCUGCUUCUCUCGAUCUCUUUUUAAUCAGGUUGUGUUUCUUAAGCUUUUGAGUUUUCCAUUAAUGGGGUUUGGCCCCAAACAUUCAAACAUUUUAUGCUGUUCCCAGGCGUCCUUCCCACCCCUAACAAGGCACCCAGGAUGAAAUUCUUCGCUGCUUCCGUUAUGCCCCUACCUUUGGCAGGAAGGUGACAGCACAGCCGCCACCCUUUGGGAACCAUAGGUUAGAUUUCUCUGGCUUAGCACGUGCUUGAUAAUUUUUUAAGCCAUCCUAGCACUCUCAAAAUAGCAACCGAACACGAGUCCCAUCAUUUGCCUCCAAGAGGAUACACUGGAAAAAAGGGGGGUUUGUUGCUCACCUGCUCCCUCCUGGUUUUGCUUUGGGGUUUUAUGUUUUUUUUAAGGGAUUCUGGGCUGUUCUGCUCGAAAUGGUGAAGCAGAAGGCGGGGGAAGAGCUUCCAUGAUGCAAAUUGGGCCAAGGAGAGGAGAGGAAGGUACACAAGAGCAUGUGCAGACUUCAGAAAUGCCAGCAAACUAGACCACUUUGUAGUUGUGAGGGGCAAGUUUUAGCCUUGGUGGAAGAGGCAGUGGAAUCAAGAAAUGGAGUUGUUACCUGAGUGAUAUAUUUUAAAACCGGGGGGGCAGGGCAAAAUGACUCGACAUAAAAUGGGCAUUUUUAAAAAGAAGAGUGUAUGUAGUUCUGCAAGCUGAGUGCAGCCCACCAGCUGUGUAAGGUACUUUUGCAACACUGAAGUCCUCUUUGUACUUUGAGAAACAAGUAACUAAGGAUUCUCCAAGGGUUUGGCUGUGGGAAGAAUCCUGCCCUUCUGAAGUGCAGGCAGUUGAAUGCUCCUAUCCUGCAGGGUAAGGUUUGGCAGAACCUCUCUUCCCUCCCUUGCUCCUCCUGCAGCUGGGGAAGGUGCAGGUGGACCCUUUGUGAAUUGAACAGGGAUUUUACAGAAAUGGUGAGCUGGACUGCCAGAGCAAAUAGGUAUUGGAGGAUUUGAAGGAGUAUCAAAAGAGGUCCAAAUGGCCCAUCAGAACUCUCGAAAGAGCUUCCAACAAAAAGUACUUCUGUACAUUUUCUGCAUUGCAUAUGUGUGUGUGUGCGCCCGUGUGUGUGUGUGUGUGUGUGUGUGUGUGUGUGUAUGUGCUGUUUGUUGGGCCACUGUUUUGGAGAAGUUAAAAUUAGAUUACAAAUGAUAAAUGAACCCCCAAAAAAGCACUUGGGGGAAAAUAAUCGGCUCAAGCUAAUUGGAUGUUUUAAAUGUAAAUUCUGACAUUUCUGCCUCCAUUUGGAGAUUAUUACUUCACCCAAAAGUAACUCUUGCCAAGGAGGUCCAGGCUGAUCUAAAGAAAAAGAAAAGGUGAGGCUUUCAAGCCUGGAGCCUUGUUUCUUUUGGAAGCAGGGUUUAGUGUGGAAAUUUAUCAUCAUCAUCAGUACUACUGAGGAAACAGAUCCUGCCAAAUUUGCAACCAGCUCUGUCGGCACCCUACCUGGCUUCCAACAGCAGCCCCUGUGGCCUUCAGCUUUGAAAUCCAACCUGUUUACCCAUCAAACAUUCAGCAGCAGGUGAUGAUGGGGCCAGGCCCUUUGUUUUCCUCUAAGUGGAUGGAGGAGUAAAGGGAUUUUGAAACAUCUUGUUUGGGCUACACCAUCAGUAUCGCACCCACCUUUAGACCAUCUCUGCAGUGUAGCCUAACUCCUAGUAAGCAGUAAAACAAUUCUGGUUGGAUUUUCUCUUUUAAAAAAGGUUCCCUCUUUCCGUCCUCACUUGUUGGGAGUCUGUGACUGCCUUGUCAGAAGGAAGAAGGGAUGGUAAAUGUGUACGGUCUCCUUUGUAUGAGCUGCUUCUACCUAAUGCUUAGCACAUGGCAAAGGUCAAAGGCACAGCGGGCACAUUUGAGUCUACUGUUUGGGGGGGGGGAGUUCCUUUUCCUAACCCAAUGAUGUACAACCAAGCUCUGGACCUGGUGAUAAUGACUCUCCAGAGCCCCAACAACUCUGGCUAAGCAGGAAGAGAGAAACCAUGUUGGAAAUCCAUCUUAAUAUUUUAUGUUCCUGGAAAUUGGGGUUUCUGCUGCUCAUCCACCCAAGUAAACCUGAUCUUUUGGGCUGUCAUCAGAAGCGUGUGUGUGUGUGUGUGUGUGUUUCACAUGGGACAUUAGCCAUGGGUGGAAACAUGGGUUUGAAUUCUAUAGAUACCCUUGUAGGCUGUGCCAAAUAGCCCUCCAGUUCUUUUCUUCCUGCUUCCAUCGCUUAACUCUGUUCCUUAAAUGUUGUGUGCGUGUUCUCUGCAUCUAGAAAGGGAGAAAAAAUCCAGCAGAGAUUCUCUGGCUGGGAAAACUGGUGGCAGGAGAGAAAUGGGGGGGGGGGAGCUGCCGCUGAUGCCAGUUUGCGCACCAGAGCUGGCUGCUUCCAAAGACUUGGACUACAGCAGAAACGGUGUGGGGUAUGGCCCAAACUGCAGCUUCUCUGAAAAGCGUGGGGAGUUCAAAAGUCGGUGGGAAGGGGGAGGCGUGUUACGAGAUCUGCAGUCCUAAAGGUGGCCAGGAGCCAUAUCUGAGCAUCCAUAUAAAGCUCUUCUCAGUAUGAGUUGGGCGGGAGGAGGAAGAGAUGUGAACUGGCCCCUGAUUUACUGGUAUACGGCCCUCCACUAUGUAAGAUUGGAACACAUCGACUGGCUUAAUAAAAAUGCAAGAUGUUUGUAAAUCUUUA